UGGAGGCGCGCCUCGGCGGAGCUCCUCUGGGCGCAUGGCGGCGGCGGCGGCGGCCUUGCCCUUGUCCCCGGGGGAGCGCCCGCUGCGGGUGCUGGUGGACAUGGACGGGGUGCUGGCCGACUUCGAGGGCGGCGCCCUGCGGGGCUUCAAGGCCUCCUUCCCGGGGGAGCCCCGCGUGGAGCUGGCCCAGCGGAGGGGCUUCUCCACCCAGGAGCAGUACCGCAGCCUCAGGGAGGACCUCGGGGCAAAGCUAGCCAGUGUGUAUGAGUCAAAAGGCUUUUUUCUGGGAUUGGAUCCCAUUCCUGGAGCUGUUGAUGCAAUGCAAGAGAUGAUCAAAAUGCCCAACAUUGAAGUUUUUCUUUGCACAAGCCCUCUAAGGAAAUAUAAAUACUGCGUCCAGGAGAAGUACCAGUGGGUUGACAAGCACUUGGGUCCGGCGUUUGUGGAGCGAAUAAUUCUGACUAGAGAUAAGACAGUUGUGUCAGCGGAUCUGCUCUUUGAUGACAAGGACACUAUUAGAGGAGUGGAACCCAAUCCAAGCUGGGAGCAUAUCUUGUUCUCUUGCUGCCAUAACAAGCACCUGAAGCUGGAGCCCCCACAAAGAAGACUGGAGUCAUGGAAGGAUGACUGGCGGGCAAUACUGGACAGCAAAAGCCCCAGAGCCUAAUAAAAAGA